AGAUUAUGGACAUGAUCCCUCCCUGCUCACAGCAGUGGGCUGGAGACCUAAUAAUAAUAGGGCAGUUAAUGGGCCGCGGACAUUGCUUUGAGUAGUGGGAGGCUGGAUAGCAUCUGUGGGUGCUGAGACCCCAGUUUAGGGGCUGAGAGACUUGCGUUGCUGUGACAGGCCUUGAGCUACUAGUGCAUUCUCAGUUCUGGGCGGGACCCUGUCUCAUCUCUCUCUACAACUGGCCCAGCCAUGGCGCUGAAAGGCCGAGCCCUCUAUGACUUCCGCAGCGAGAACAAGGAGGAGAUCAGCAUCCAUCAGGAUGAGGACCUGGUCAUCUUCAGUGAGACCUCGCUGGAUGGCUGGCUGCAGGGCCAGAACAGCCGAGGUGAGACAGGGCUCUUCCCUGCCUCUUACGUGGAGAUCAUCCGGUCUGGUCCCAGCUCCAACCAUGCCGACUACUCCAGCAGCCCAGGCUCUCUGGGCACCCAGGUGAGCUCGUAUGACGCGGCCAGCCCUUCGAGGAGUGGUGGGGGCAGUGGCUCCCUCUCACACCAGGGCAGCUUCGAGGAGGACGACGACGACGACUGGGAUGACUGGGACGAUGGAUGCACAGUGGUGGAGGAGCCUCGGGCUGGUGGGCUGGGCACCAACGGGCACCCCCCUCUCAACCUCUCCUACCCUGGUGCCUACCCCAGCCAGCACAUGGCCUUUCGGCCCAAGCCAGCCCUGGAGCGGCAGGACAGCCUGGCAUCUGCCAAGCGUGGCAGUGUGGUGGGGCGCAACCUCAACCGUUUCUCGUGCUUUGUGCGCUCUGGAGUGGAGGCCUUUAUCCUGGGUGAUGUGCCCAUGAUGGCCAAGAUUGCUGAGACGUACUCCAUCGAAAUGGGCCCUCGUGGCCCCCAGUGGAAGGCCAACCCCCACCCGUUUGCCUGUUCAGUGGAGGACCCCACCAAACAGACCAAAUUCAAGGGCAUCAAAAGCUACAUCUCCUACAAGCUCACACCUACCCACGCUGGCUCGCCAGUCUACCGGCGCUACAAACACUUUGACUGGCUCUAUAACCGCCUGCUGCACAAGUUCACUGUCAUCUCGGUGCCCCACCUGCCAGAGAAGCAGGCCACAGGUCGCUUUGAGGAAGACUUUAUUGAGAAGCGGAAGCGUCGGCUCAUCCUCUGGAUGGACCACAUGACCAGCCACCCUGUGCUGUCCCAGUAUGAGGGCUUCCAGCAUUUCCUCAGCUGCCUGGAUGACAAGCAGUGGAAGAUGGGCAAACGCAGGGCAGAGAAGGAUGAGAUGGUGGGUGCCAGCUUCCUGCUCACCUUCCAGAUCCCCACGGAGCACCAGGACCUGCAGGAUGUGGAGGACCGUGUGGACACCUUCAAGGCCUUCAGCAAGAAGAUGGACGACAGCGUCCUGCAGCUCAGCACCGUAGCAUCCGAGCUGGUGCGCAAGCAUGUGGGAGGCUUCCGCAAGGAGUUCCAGAAGCUGGGCAAUGCCUUCCAGGCCGUCAGUCAUGCUUUCCAGAUGGACCCCCCCUUUAGCUCCGAGGCCCUCAACAGUGCCAUUUCUCACACGGGCCGUACCUAUGAAGCUGUUGGUGAGAUGUUCGCUGAGCAGCCCAAGAACGACCUCUUCCAGAUGCUCGACACGCUGUCUCUCUACCAGGGCCUGCUCUCAAACUUCCCCGACAUCAUCCACCUGCAGAAAGGCGCCUUCGCAAAGGUGAAGGAGAGCCAACGCAUGAGUGACGAGGGCCGCAUGGAGCAGGAUGAGGCAGAUGGCAUUCGUAGGCGCUGCCGCGUGGUGGGCUUCGCCCUGCAGGCCGAAAUGAACCACUUCCACCAGCGCCGCGAACUCGACUUCAAGCACAUGAUGCAGAACUACCUGCGCCAGCAGAUCCUCUUCUACCAGCGGGUAGGCCAGCAGCUGGAGAAGACGCUGCGCAUGUAUGACAGCCUUUGAUCAUGUGUCCCCGGCCCCCACCCUGUGCCUGGGCCUGGUCGCUGCAGUGCGCUCUGCUCUCUAGACCUACCUGCACCAGUAGUGGCUGGGAGGGUUGGGGCGGGCUUUGGAGGAGUCAUGGGUCCCCCUGGGGAAGACCCCCAGCUCUUAGAGGUAGGGGUACAGCAGGGGUGAGAUUUGGGGUCAGGAAUCUUCUAGG